AUCAUACCAUCUCUAGGGGAGAGUCAGCUGUCAGCAGUGAAAAAUUUCUGGAAUAACAAAACAGGCAAAAUUACCCGUUUCCGUUUUCGUAGCCGGAAAAAAUUGGAACAACCGAUUCAAAAUCAUGAACUGGCACAAGGGCAGCAUAGCGGAGGCCGUGGCAGAAUCAAAGGCCAAGGAUGCCAUCUUCGUUGUCUUUAUUGAGGGCAAGGAUGAGCUAUCCGCCAAGCUGGAACGAUUCGUGGACGAUGUAAGGGUCCGUUCACGCCUGGAGACCGCCGACUUUGUGACCAUCAAAGUCCAGGGAAACAGCUCUGCCUACGGACAGUUCAUGUCGCUAUACAAAGUUGUGCCCAUUCCCUCGCUUUUCUUUAUCGGCAAGUCGGGCACUCCUUUGGAAAUAGCCACCGGAAUUACGGAGAGUGUGGAAGAGCUAAUGGUCAAGAUCGACAAGGUUUUGGUUCUGGCAGGGAAACGAACGGAAACGUCGUCAGCAGCCAGUUUAGCCACCUCCUUUGUGGAGGAAUUGAAUCCCACUGAAGUCAGAAGCUUUGCCGGUGCCGAUGACUCGACCAGUUUAAGCAAGGACGAGGCAUUCGAGGAAACGCCGGAAAGUCAAAAUGCUUCAGAGAGUCCCAAGUCCGUCGAAGUGGUUUUUACCUCGGUUCCGAAUCCGAGUUUACAGGUAGAGGAGUCCAAGGUGAAUCAGUCAACUGCUCCAGCUUUUGCCAGCAUUUCGUCGAUAUCCAUUGAAUCGUCAGCGUCCAACGUGGGGGAAACCCAGCAGGCCACGGCGUCUGCAAAGGCGGCAGCCAGUAAAAUGGACACUGCCACCACAUCUGGAAAUGUUGCCUCGAAUUUGGCUGCCUCUUCAAUCCUACCCUCAGUACCUUUGCUCUCGGCAGCUGUACCAGUUGCUCAGGUACAGGGAACUGCACAGGAACAGGUUCCAGAAGAGAUAGCACCAACAGAUUCCGAAACGCGAAUGUUGGAGGUACAGAAUUUGUUGGAGCAGAAACGCCGCGAGCGACUGGAGGAGGAGAAGCGGCAGGAGAAGGAGAACGAGCUAAGGCGGCGCAGGGAGGGAAGGCAGGCGCAAAGCCAGCAGGCUCUGGCCAAAGAGCAGGAACUCAAGAAUAUGCAGGAACGCAUUCGUCGCGAGAGGCAGGAGGAGCAGGAGGCCAGGGAACGUAUCCGAGCACAGAUCGCCGCCGAUCGGGCAGAGCAGGCGCACCGCAACCAAAUCGAGGCGGAGGCCAACAGCACAACCACCUCGUUGGCUGGCGCCAGCACCACAGAGCCCUCGGUUUACUCUGUGGACGAAACGCGUCUGCAGAUCCGCCUUCCCGGUGGCAUCAAUCACACGAAAUCAUUUCCAGUUGGCGAGGUGCUGGGCACCGUGCGCAUUUUUGUCCGCAAUGAACUGUUGGCGGCCAGCGAUGUCCACGAUUUCACUUUGGCCACCAGUUAUCCUCGACGGGAGUUCCAAAAGGAGGAUGAGGCCAAGACGCUGAGAGAACUGAAAUUGGUGCCCAAUGCCGUGGUUUUGGUGCUGGCCAAGGAGCAUGUGAAUCGCGUGGUGCGCAGCGGUAGCUCCCUGGUGACCAUGCUGAUUACGGCCAUCUGGGCAAUGCUCACACCGGCGGCCAAGGCUUUGGACUAUAUCCACAAGAUGGGCUUGCGUCCCCUUACCCAGAGGUUAAGCGCUAUGGUGGCCAAUAUCCGGGGGACAACAGAUCGGCAGGACAAUGUGGGAGGAGCUGUCCAGGGCGAUGCUGCCGCCCGUCGCAAUAUGGAUAUGUUCACCCUGCGACCACCUCCGCCUCCUGGUUACAACUACGAACAGCCAGAGGACAUAGCAUCGGGGUCAACUUCCACUCCCCAGCCACAGCCGGGCACAGGCAGUACUCCGCAACCCCAGCCCACUAGCAGCAGCAGCCAGGGUGCAGGCUCCUCGCAGGAGUUCCAGCAGCGUCCAGGCGGAUAUCGGUAUGGUGGCCCAAACAUUCGACGGCUGCAGGAUACAAACAAGGACGAUGAAAAGGAUAAGGCCACGUACAAUGGCAACUCCACGCAGCAGCAGUAGGCUGACUCCCUAUCCCCAUAUCCUUAGUCCAUAGAUAUCACACCUAUAAAAUAGCCUGUUAUUCUAAAUUAUAAAUUAAAACAAUUCAAGAAUAUAUAUAUCAA